AUGGAUAUCAUUGCUGUACAUACUUUGACACAGCAGGAGGAACAGGACGAGGAGCACGCAGAGGAUGAGGAUGGGGAGGCAGCUGAGCCGCCUUCUUCGAUUAAUCGAGCACUAAAUGGCCUCAAGCGCCUGCUCGGCUUCAAGGAGCAUGGGCCAGAUGCCAACACCAUGGAACUCACGAUACUCAUGUGCAUGGAAAUAAGCCUCCAGCAGCAGGCAAAACUUAAUAGAAGUCGAGGGACAUUAAAAAGCUCGUUUAAAUAA